UUACUAAAAAGAAAGUCAGACUAAAACAGAGAAAAUGUCCUCAAAAUCGAUGUGGUUUUCUCCUUUAAAUGCGCUCUUAAUCCCACUCACGUGUUAAUCCCCAUUAGAAAAAGUGCGAUCUGAGGAAGUCUCGCGUUUUGUCUGCGCGCGCGCCCGCAGUCUUUACGGUAAUCCCAGCGGCUGUGGAGUCAGCUGAUCCGCCGUGGCUCGCGCCUGAGGAGGAACAGCAUUUGGGGGAAACGCUGUCGGUUCAGACAAACCAUGGCUGCGGAGAUCCAUUCGAGGCCCCAGACCGCCAGACCGGUUCUGCUGAACAAGAUCGAGGGCCACACGGACGCUGUCAAUGCCGCCGUGCUCAUCCCGAAGGAAGAUGGAGUGAUCACGGUCAGCGAGGACAGAACCAUCAGGGUAUGGCUGAAGAGAGACAGCGGUCAGUACUGGCCCAGCAUCUACCACACCGUCUCUUCGCCCUGCUCGUGCAUGUCAUACCACCACGACAGCAGACGGAUCUUCAUAGGACAGGACAAUGGAUCGGUCGUGGAGUUUCUCAUCUCUGAAGAUUUCAACAAGAUGAACCAUGUCAAGACAUACCCAGCCCACCAGAACCGCGUGUCGGCCAUGGUCUUCUCCCUGGAGAGCGAGUGGCUGGUGAGCACCGGCCAUGACAAGAGCCUGAGCUGGAUGUGCACGCAGAGCGGCAGCAUGCUGGGGAGGCACUGCUUCUCCGCCUGGGCCUCCUGCCUGCAAUACGACCACGAGACGCAGCACGCCUUCGUGGGCGACUUCUCAGGACAAGUCACCAUGCUGAAGCUGGAGAGGCAGACGUACUCUAUAGUCACCAUGCUGAAGGGCCAUGAAGGAAGCAUUGGAUCCUUGUGGUGGGAUCCCGUCCAGAGGCUGCUCUUCUCAGGCGCCUCGGAUCACAGCGUGAUCAUGUGGGACAUCGGCGGCCGCAAAGGGCGAACGCUGCUGCUGCAGGGACAUCACGAGCGCGUUCAGGCCAUCCGGUACCUCCAGCUGACCCGGCAGUUGGUCUCCUGCUCAGCUGAUGGAGGCGUCGCCGUGUGGAACAUGGACACUCAGAGAGAAGAGGCGCCUCAGUGGUUAGACAGCGACUCUUGUCAGAAGUGUGAGCAGCCCUUCUUCUGGAACAUCAAGCAGAUGUGGGACACAAAGACGUUGGGGCUCAGACAGCAUCACUGCAGAAAGUGCGGCAAAGCGGUGUGUGGAAAAUGCAGCUCGAAACGCUCCACUUUUCCAAUCAUGGGCUUCGAGUUCCCUGUGCGGGUGUGCGACGACUGCUUCGCUACCAUCAAAGAUGAGGAUCGAACACCUCUGGCCACGUUCCACGAGGGGAAACACAACAUCGCCCACAUGGACAUGGACCCCUCCAGAGGCCUGAUGGUCACUUGUGGAAGUGACCGCAUUGUUAAGAUCUGGGAUAUGACACAGGUGGUUGGCUGUAGCUUAGCAACAGGCUUCUCCCAGCGCUGAUUGGCCCGGCCCACAUGGUACCCGCUCUGGCUCAAGCCCACCCCGCUUCCUCCCAGUGUCAUGGAAACCCCUCUGUACAGUUACCCCCCCCAAACGCCCAGGAUCCUCAGCUCUUUGGUGUAGAUGUACAUGUGUGAGUGUAUGUGUGUAUGUGUGUAUGCGUUGAUGUGGGUUGGUGUAUACAUGCUUGUGAUUGCAAAUGUGUGUCUGUCUGAGUGUGUGGAUGCAUCUGUGUAGGUGUGUGUGCUUGUGCGUGCCUGUUUUUGUGUAUUCAUUAGUGCAUGCAUGUAUGGGUGUGUUGGUGUGUGUUGAUGCGUUGUGUGGAUGUGUGUGGGUGUACGAGUGCAUGCAUGGGGGUGUGUUAGUGUGUGUGUGUUGAUGUAAGCAUGUGUAUGUACUGGUAUGUGUGUGUGUGUGCGUGCAUUCCUCUUUUUCUCAGUAAACGUCUCACUAAUCGUCUGAAAAACUUUUGAUCGUUCAGUUUUUUUUGUUGCUAUUUUCAAAGACAGAAGCACAAUGGGGGAAGGGGGUGAACAAGCGAGUGCGUUGUCAUGGUUUCUCCUUUGGGGGAAUGGUAUUGACAGAAGUGUUUACAUUCAAUACAUUCGAUGCUUUUGACAAAGGUCUCCUGUUUGCACUGUUUUGCGUUUAGUGCUGUGAAGUGUGUGUGAUGCACGAACGUCCCUUCAGACGCUCUUCAAUCCCGUCACCCGGAGACUCUUGUCUUGCAGGAGAAAUGACUGCUUCUCUUUCACUAGCUGGCCUUAACUCACUCUCAGGAGGUUUUACAUUUGUAGAUUGUCACUCGUUCAUCCGUAACUGUUAUCUGUCCAUCGUGAGGAACGCUGAACGUCUGUUGGGAAAGAUGAGGGAAAAAGCUGCAGAUGUUUGCUCCACCGUUAUCCUGCCUCCACCUCACAGUCCCCAGCGAGGUAUGGGAGGCGGUUACCUGUUGCCACAGCAACCAGCGGGAAGAGUGCUACUCCCCCCUUUAGAAGCAUCAGAUACAUUCUACAAGUUUUCUUGGUGUAAAAUUGCCCCUAAAGCCCAGAGGUUCUGUUCUCAGAAGUGGACUGAACUCCUCGCUGACAUCCCGGCUCCUCGUGUUUCUCCAAAAGCCUUAAAAACGGAACACAAUCGCAAAACUUUUCCGACUGUUCAUCCAUGCCCGGCUUUCUGCUUUCCACCUCCUUCCUGACUGACUGUAGAGGUUGUGUUUUCUGGUUGUCCUCAACCGUACGGGGACGCACAAACUAUCUGUGAGGAACCAACGAGUUUAGAUGUGGGGGGGGUAGCAUGACUGUAAAUAGCAGCUGCAGAUCAUCCGAUGUUAAACUAACGCUUGCCUUACUGUGAGUGAAGUUGGAGUUCAAAUUGUAGUCACAUUCCAGUUUCUGCUCAUGUUGUGUGUAUUUAUAUUUGUAGUAAAAACAUUCUGUCACCUCCACAAA